UGCGUCAAAAGAGAUUGCGUCACUUUAUUAGCCACACCCAUCCUGGCGACAGGUUAUAGCCGAGAGGAGGAAGACAGAACCCGCUAACCGUCAAAGGAGACAGCAGCAGCAGAAGCAGCCACCACCGCCGCCAUGGGAACUCUUCAUCACUCUGUCGGAAAAGGACGCUUGAUCGAUCCCGUCAUGGGCAUCACUUCCCUCCUCCUCAUGGUCAUUCUUGACCUUGUCACUACUGCUCAAGGUCAAAACUGCUCCAAACCUGUGCUAGGAGGCAACAUGCACUUGAAGGGCGAGGGAAUCCUUUUAACUACAUUCUCGGACGGCGUUUCAGUUAAUUUAGCCUGUGAUGUUGGCCACAUGUCUGCAGGAGGGUCUUCCACCAUUACUUGUACAGCUGGUACAUGGAGUCCUGUGAGGAUGACAUGCGAGAGGAAGUACUGCGGGUCUGCUGGAGAGGUUAAAAAUGGAAACAUCGAUUACUCCGAAGGAACUCAGUUUGGCGAUACAAUUUCGAUCCACUGCAACACUGGUUUCAAAAUGGUCGGCAGACCUGACAUUGUAUGCGGAGACAAAGGGUGGAUGGGCAGGUUGCCUCUAUGUGAAGUGAUGACUUGUGAUCCACCAGACCCGAUUGCGCAUGGCACUUUCAGUCCAGAAAAAGAAGACUUCUAUGAGUAUUCACAGGUUGUAGAGUUCAGGUGUCUAAAUGAUUACACCCUUCGUGGAUCAAAGUUAUUGACUUGUUCAGAGGAUGGGAAUUUCAAGCCCGACCCACCGGGAUGUGUCAAGGUUGAAUGUAACGAUACGCGAAUCGAAAAUGGUGACCAGGAUGCAGGUUCUCGACCCCCGCAUAGAUACCAGGCUACGAUGACAUUCCAGUGCAGACCUGGUUACGUCAUGUUUGGAGAGCGAACCCAGAUAUGUGGCAUCGAUUCUAAAUGGUCACCUGGAGUCCCAGAAUGUAAAUUGUCGGCCACAACUAAAGCGACGACGACCUCCACCACCACCACCACCACCACCACCACUCGUUCAGUGAAAGAAACAGACGCUCCGAGACCAACUGACACUGCAGAGACUGGAAAUAACUGGUUAAAGUGGGUUAUUCCAAUCCUGGUCAUUGGUAUUUGUUCCGGCUUUUGUUAUGGACUUUGGACAUACACGAAGAAAAAGCGAGGCUCUCAGGGACGCUCUUCUGACAAUGCGGCCGCAAAAAAUGAAGAGGGAGUUCCGCUCUCGUAAGCGUCACGGUCCUGUUGGUCGAGCUUUGAUGGAUGGGAAAAUGACCUGAAGAGGAACGCCACUGCAACAAACCUUUGAAUGUGCUUGUGUCCCUCCGUUUGCUCUCCGGGCGGAACGGACUUUGUGGAAUGCCAGUCUGAGAUUCCGAAACCUGUGUAUUGAGCUCAAUCCUCUGCUUAUUCUUCAAGUUGCUACCACGAGCAGUAAAACGAUUUGCAUUUGUGAAAGGCCACUUUCAAACCAUUUCUUAUGUCCAUGAUUUUAGGUCAGUGCAGGACAAUGUUUAAUGUUUGUUUGUCUUGUAGGAUUUGUUAUUCAUGUGUAUCAGAAAAGCUUCUUUUUUUAUUUUGUUUUUAACGUUUGCACUUAAGCUCAGAGGGCAACUCGGCCAAGCCGUCAUGAGCCGAACAGGCCGUGAAUGUUCGCAUCAUGUCCAGCUCCUGGAAUUUAACAAAUUUAAUAAUUGUGUGAUGCUCAAAACGCACUGAAUACCACUGUAACUAAUGAAGUAGGGCAAAUAUUACACAACUUGUAUAACUGAAAUGAAAAUUGUUGAUACCGUGUAUCAACCUGUCUCCAUUUUUGUAACUUUGCCAUCCACCGUUAAGAACGGUGGGAUCGAGCACUGUCUGUGCCUUAACCACAUAGUUGAGCAUUUAAGUUUUGUGUCAAAUGUUUGCCUGUAAAAUGUGUUGAUGAUGCUCCAUCAUAAUGUGUAAAUGAUGGACUUCAUGGUCUUCCUCCUGGACUCUAAAUUUUAGUUUAAUAUUUUUUUUUUUUGUUUUAAUGCACAUAUUUACUUUAUCCUGUGGCUUCACCAAAUUUGGUUAAAACUAUUUUCCCUGAAUUCUUUUUUCAUUAUUGUUGAUAUCACUACCCAGAAGCACAGGAACGAUUCUAGUAUUAUACGUAUGUAGCCUGUGAAGUUUUUUUUGCUGUUGCUCUACUUUUUAAUUUAAUUUAUUGAAACAAACUCUGCUACCUAUAGCAGUUUGUAAGACGUCUGAGACGGACGUAAAAUGGCCUUCCUGUUUCCACUGGCUUUUGUAAUUAAUGAAAUAAAACUAUGGAAACUCA